AUGGCCCGCUGUGGGCCAUGGCUGCACGCUUCUGUCCUCUGGGCUGCUGUGGCUACCCUGCUCUUUCUGCCUGCCAUGACCCAGCAGCUGAGAGGGGCUAGACUGGGCCCCAGCAACUGGAACAACGCAGGCAUCUCUGGGCCCACAGAGGACACGUCCGCAGAGUUGGGCCACCACAUCCAUGCCCAUAGAAGCCAUCAAGACGAGAAUGAGGAGGAUGUUUCCACAGAGAAUGGGCAUCUUGUUUGGAGCCACAGAGGCCACGGAGAAGAGGAUGAAGACAUCUCCAGGGAAGAUGGCCACCGACUCCAGGGCCACAGGUACCAAGGCCACAAGGUGGGAGAGAAGGAUGUCCCUGAUGAGGAGGUCUUCACGGAGCACGUUGAGCAGGCCCGUGGGCACAGAGACCAUGGGGAUGAAGACAUGGAAAACUCAGCUGAGCGUGGGCACCAGUUCCUCAGCCAUGGGAGCCAUGGCCAUCAAGACGAGGAUGAUGAGGACAUCCCCUCCAGUGAGCAUCACCGUCAUAUCCUCAGGCAUGCACACCGAGGCCACGGAGGGGACGAAGAUGAUGGAGAAGAGAAAGAGGAGGCAGAGGAAGAGGAGGACGAGGGGGAUGUCUCCACUGAGUAUGGGCACCAGACCCACAGGCACCAAGGCCAAGGGGAGGAAGAGGAUGAGGAUGUCUCAGCUGAACACCACCAUCAUGUCCCUAGCCAUGGGCACCAAGGUCACGAAGAAGAAAAUGAUGAUGAUAAUGAUGAUGGUGAUGUCUCCACUGAGUAUGGACACCAGGGCCACAAGCUCCAAGGCCACAGGAAGGAAGAGGAUGAGGAUGUCUCAGCUGAACACCACCACCAUGUCCCCAGCCACAGGCACCUAGGCCAUAGAGACAAGGAAGAUGAAGAGGAGGACUUAUCCACUGAACAUUGGCACCAGGUUCCCAGACAUGCCCACCAUAGCCUUGGAGAUGAGGAGGAGGAAGAAGAAAUCACAGUCAAGUUCGGCCACCAUGCUACAAGCCACCAGCCCGAAGGCCACAAGAGAGAUGAGGAGGAUUUCUCAGAUAAGUAUAAAACAAAAGUCCCUGGGCAUCACCAGCACAGAGUCUCCAGGGAGGAAGAUGAGGACAUAUCUGUUGAGCUUGCCCACCAAGCCCCCAGCCACAGGCACCACGGCCUCCAAGAUGAAGGGAUUGGCCAAGGUCACAGUGGGUCCAUCGAGGAGGAAAUUAGCCGUCAUCUCCCACGACACAUGGGAGUCAAGUCUAGAAGCCAUUUGAGGGAGGGUGAUUCUGAGGAGGAAGAGGGCCACAGCUCCUAUGAGGAAGAUGAAGGUACAGAGCAGGGAGAGAAAGAGGAAGGCACCCACCAUGGAAGCCUGGACCAGGAAGAUGAGGAGGACGAUGAAGAGGAGAGGGCUGAGGUCUGGGCCCCACUGAACCAAGACCACAGGGAGGAGGAAGAGGAGGAGGAGGAGGAGGGGCUGGAGGAAGAUGAACUCCCCUUCACCAUCAUCCCCAACCCACUGACCGGCAGGGGGGUGGCUGGAGGCACCUCCAGUGAGGAGAGUGGUGAGGACACAGGUCCGCAGGAUGUGCAGGAGUAUGGGAACUACCAGCCAGGGUCCCUGUGUGGCUACUGCUCCUUCUGCAAUCGAUGCACUGAAUGUGAGAGCUGUCACUGUGAGGAAGAGAACAUGGACGAGCACUGCGACCAGUGCCAGCACUGUCAGUUCUGCCACCUCUGCCCAUUGGUCUGCGAAACUGUCUGCACUCCAGGAAGCUACGUCGACUAUUUCUCCUCGUCCCUGUACCAAGCCCUGGCAGACAUGCUGGAAACACCGGAACCCUGACCCGGCCGUGCGGCUGCGGCGCAAGUGUCCCUCUCCUUGCCUUCCAAUCCCUUUCCACGAGCCAUAUUUAUUUCUUCUGAAUAAACGUGCUUCCCGAACCCUCAC